CCGGGAUAUCGUAGCUUUCUAUAAUCUUCACAGUAGCUCCAGAGAUUACAUCAUACAUACAACCUUACAAACUUUCUUCUUUAUGACAUAAAUAUGAAUAUUAAAGUUCAUAAGACGUCCAGAUCGGUCAUUCACAUCGCUAUCACUUUCUUAAGAGGUCGGCCUUGACCGUGGCAAUAAAAAUAAGGUGCAUGGUGGGAGAAAGUCUUCCUGGUUACAUAACAUGAAGAUCCCUACAAAAAGGUUAGUCAGGUGAAUUUAUUUGUGUAGUGCAGUUGCAACUUAAAAAGUAUUUCAUAGAUAAAGGAAGACUGCGGCGUUAUGAUUUUCCAGGUCGCUUCACUAUGCAUGAUCCUGUGGUCAGUCGAAAGCGCGGUACUGGAUCCAGCCCUCUACUUAUCCCCGAGUCCACCGCUAACGGACACCAAGGACAGUAUUACUGCAGCCGAACUAUGGAACCUGCCUUUGGACAGCAGGAUGGCUAGAGAAGCAAGAGAUGCCUUGCCUCAGGUUAUUGAAGAAAGACCAGCAUCAAAAAGGAUACCACAUCCAAUGGAAAAGGCGAAAUUUUUUUGGCCAUCGUUUCGUUCUUCUAACUACAGAGCUGGCUCAGGCAAUGUCCAGGUUCCUUUAACAUUCAGCCUAUCAGGACUUUACGGGAAAUAUUCUCCCGGGAAUGUGGGAUCAUCCGGAGUGAUCGGCAGCUCUUAUGGAACAAUAUCCGAAGUUGGAGGAACAGUUGUCUCUGGUCUAGCUGGUAGUGGUUAUGGAAAAUAUAGAACGUAUUCUGGAUUGAGAAUCUAUGGUGGGGAAAACGGGCCAGCUUGGAGCGGGUGGGGUAAUGGAAGAUGGGGGAACUAUGGUAAAGGGUAACUU